AUGAUGAUACGUUUAACGUUACUUAUUGUAUUUUUGGCUUUAAUUACUUUAGUGAUUGCCAACCAAGCUUAUCCAAAUGGCUGGCCUGUUGUUGGAUAUGAUGCUGUGCCUAAUCGUUUACCUAGUCGUUGGUUUGCUCGUUGGCAUCGUGGCCGUCUUUGGGGAUGGGAUAACUAUUAUCAUGAAUGGCAUCCAAUUUGUUUCUGGCAUAAUGGUAAAUGUAAUUAA